AUGGCCUUGUCGUUGAUCGUCAACGCCGGCCUCAUGGCCCUGCCCAUCGGCGGGUGUCUGGGCACGUUAUUCGGCAUCGACGCUCAUCGCGCAGCCAACGGUCAACGCCCACUCUUCGCUCCCAACCCCAAUGAUCCCGAUGAGAAUCGUGGUACCGGCGGCAGCACUGGAGGUGGUCAAGAUAGCACCGGAGGUGGUUCGGGGUCCAGCGGCGGCGAUGUCAGUGACAAUGGGAUCCAAACUAACCCCUACUGUCAACUCUCAUAUGGUAUCACGCCGCCUUCCAAGGAUGGCGAAUCUUUCACGCUCAAUCCCAAUCAGUGGAAUGUCAAAAAGGGUUCCGAUAAGGGCGCCCUCUGCAUGAAUGUCACCACAUUCAAUAACAUGACCUACCCGACCAAAUACUCAGCCCCCGACUUCUCCGUCACAUGGCAAUUCGAUCCUGGCCCAGAGACCGACCCUGUGUAUGCCUUCCCCAAUAUUAUGGUCGACAAGGUGCUGCCAGUGGGCCUCGACGACAUGCAAGAGCUGUACCUCAACGUCCACUGGACCUACGGUGUCGGCGACGAGAUCGCAACCACCACCGACGAGUCCGAAUUGACCGCCAAUAAUGUCAACACCAACGUCGCCAUCGAUAUGUUCUUUGACAGCGACAAGGUGACCGCGCAGGACAGCACCAGCGCCAAGUACGAAGUCAUGGUGUGGUUCGGCAUGUUCGGCCCAUCUACCCAACCUCACGGCUAUCCCACGGUUGUCACAACCAACACGGUCAAUGGAACAAAAUUCAAUCUGUACUCCGACAAGAACGCGAAUACAAAUCAAAAUGUCCUGACCUGGGUCGCGGAGCAUACGGUCGAAGAGUUCAACGGCGACAUCUAUCCUCUCAUCACCGAUCUGUACAAUAUGACCGGCUCAGUCUACCCAUCCAGCACUGACUACCUGGGCUACUUUGGUUUUGGAUCGGAAGCCUUCUCUGCCGACAAGAAUGUCACGUUCGGGGUCACCAACCUUGAGAUCGGCAUUAAGACAUAA